AUGGGUGGAGAUUUGAACCUGAAGAAGUCAUGGCACCCAGGCUUGCUCAAGAACCAGGAGCGCGUAUGGCUGCAAGAGAAGCGCGCUCUCGAAGAGCGCAAACGGAUCGCACAACUCCAACGUGAGCGCGAGGAGGAGCGCCAGAUGGAAGAGAUUCAACGCCUCCAAGAAGCCUCCGGAAAGACAACGCAAACCCGCCGUGUUGACUGGAUGUACCAGGCGCCCUCAACCGAGAGCGGGCACUACUCCGAGGAGAUGGAGGGAUACCUACUAGGAAAGCGACGCAUCGACGGAGUUCUCCUGAAGAACGACCCUGACACUAAGAAGCUGGAGAAGGGUUCAGAGGUGGUGGGCAAUGGUGUCGCAGCCGGCUCGUCUAUUGUCUCGGCGCGCGAUACUAUGUCGAAGGUUAUGGCGGACCCGCUACUCGAAGUGAAGAAGAGAGAACAGGCCGCUUACGAGGCGAUGGUGAAAGAGACGCUCAGACGCAAGGAAAGAGAGAAGGAGCGCGGAGAUCGUGAUCGGGGAAAGGAUCGUGAACGUCAUCAUCGUACCCACGACUCAAAGCGCAGACGCUACAGUGAUGAUGCUGGUGACGACCGCCGUGACCGCCACCACCGAAGAUCUUCACCUCGGCGACACAGAUCUAGAUCACCCGGUUCGCCUGAUCGAUCUUCGCGCAGACACCGAGGUGACCGUGAUCGUGAACGUCGUGACGAUGAAUACCGCCCAGACAACCGUGAUCGGAGAAGCGAUGAGCACCGAUCUCGCCGGGAUGAUAGGGAUCGCGGCCGAGACCGUCGCGACUACCAUGACAAGAGAGACAGAGAUUCUUACUCUAGCCGACACCAAGAUCGCGAAGACAGAGGUGGACGGGACCGUUCACCAACCCGUAACUCCCGCUCUCCUCGUCCAUCUAGUGACCGCAAAGAUCGCCCCACCGUCGACGAAGAUCGUCGCCGUGACUUCCCCCGGCGCGAAUACAAUAAUCGGCGUGACUCUGGUCGGGCACCGGCAAACAAGCCUGAUCCCAAAGAACUGGAAGAAGAACGUCGUCGCAAAUUGGCAGAGAUGCAAAACAACGCUACAGAAAUCGAGUCAGAGCGACGCCAGCGAAUCGAGGAAAUCUCUGCCAAGGAGGAAGAACAGCGCGAGGCUGAUGAUCGGCUGCGUUCAGACCGGGGCAGGUUCAUGUCUGAUGUCAAUAAACGAGUACAGGAGGAUACUCUUGAUGAACGUAUUCGGCGUAGCCGUGGUGGACUUGCCAAGAUGGAGGAGGAUUAA